AUGUAAAGGCCAUUAACUAGUAUCACAUCAUCUUAAUAAUAAUCAAAACUCUAUGACAAUAGUAGUACUUCUUUUAGAAUUAAGGAAAAUAAGAAAAAUAGGUAAUUGAUUUAUGUAUGAUUAUAAGAUAAAUGCCAUAAUAAAUGCUUUAUGAUAAAGAGGGAUUGUAUGAAGAAAAUUUGAAGUUGAAAAAAGAAUUGUAAUAAGUGAAAUUUGAAUUAAAGAAAGAGAGAUAGGAACAUGCCAAUUUUGAGAAAUAAGUGUAGAAAACAAAUGAAACUUAAAAAGAUGUAAUUAUGUGAUCAUUUAGACAGUUUCAAGUAAUCUUAUCUUAGAGAGCAAGAAUCAAGGAGUAGGAUAAACUAAUCAAAGAACUUGAGGAUUAAGUUUUUCAGUUGAAACGUAAUCCAGAAAGGACUAAGAACAAAGAAUUAGAAGCAGAAUUAGAAGAAUAAAAAGAAGCAUAUUAAAAAUUAUAGUUAUACAUUAGUAGCAAAUGUAAUUAAGAUGCAAAUGAAACAGUGAUGAUAAAUUAAUCACUUAAGGAUCAAAUUCAAAUUAAUUUAGUUUAGGCCUACAAAUAAGAUAACUUGAAUUUAUCUUAAAUGAUUCUUAGUUUAUAAUAGGAAAAUCAUGGUUUAUAAUAGAAUUUAUUAUAAAUUAAGAAUGAUAAGGAUAGAUUAACAAAUAGAUUGAAGGAAUUAGAGAAACAAUUCGAUUCUGUUAAUAAACAUAUGAUGUAUAUGAGAUAAGAGAUGUAAAAUACUAAAAAGUAAACUCCAUCUGAAGAUUAUUUAAAAAAGAUAGAUGAAUAGUAAUAAUAGGUCUAAAAUUAAGCAAAAUAAUUAUAAUAAAAUAAAAAACUAAUAGAAGAAUUAGAGUAAAAAAAUGGAGAAUUAUAACAUAAUUAUGAUGUAUUCAAAUCAAUGGAAAAUAAAGAAAAGGAAAAAUUAUAAGAUAGAAUUAAUAUGCUAAAAAAGUAAAUUGAAGAAUUGAAUUAAAAGAGAGAUGAUUAAGAGUAAUCUUAAGAAGGUUCUCUUUAAUCAAUUGGUCUUAAAUAAGCAAUGACAAUUUAUGGUAGUCCUAGAAGUAAUAAUAGUCCUUAGAAAUUACAAUUAUAAAUGGGUUUUACAAAUAAAAAAUAAUGUUUAAAAGUAAAUUCUUAUGACAUUAAAGAAAUCAUUAGCAAUUUAAAAAUAAAAUUAUUAAGCAAUAAUAUUGAUUAUGAAACAUAAGAAUAAAUUUUAUGUGAAGAUGAUGAUGAGUUUUUAACUUUAGAGGAAACACAAUUUCGAUUAUAGAAAGCACCUUUUGAAUUAAAUGAAGAUGAGUCAAGUUUAUUAGCUAGAUAUUUAAUUGAAGAUAACACAGAAGAUCAUAUUCUAUAUGAUAAAUAGAGAACAUAAACUAAAAUUAUAAUAAAAUCUGUAUAUAAGAAAUUAUUGGGAGAAUUUAAUUUAUUUGAUGAAUUAGAAAAAUAAUAAAUGUAUGAAUAUUUUUGUUAAUUGUUUCAUAAAUAUAAUUAAGGAAUGGAAUCUGCAAUUAAAUAAUUUAACAUGAAAAAAAAGUAUUUGGGAAAUAAUUAAUGUGAAUAUGAAGAUUUUAAUGUAAUUCCAAAUAUGUAAUAUAGGAAGCAUUAAAAUAUUGUGAUAUCCUUUUAACUUCCAGACAGAGAUUAUAUUUAGAAUUAGAAAUAUUUUCUGAUUCUUAACAAUUACAGCGAUUUAAUUUUUAGACUCUAUUUUCAAAGUUUAAAUUAAAGGUUCCUGAUUUAGAUAAUAGUAUUAAUUGAAUUAAUUUUUCAUUUUAAUUUAUGGACACAACUAUUUUAGAAGCAAUUAAACAACUUCCUCCAAAAUAAUAAACAACAGCUAUUGCAAUCUAGCAUCAUCUUAACAAAUGGGCUGAUUCAGAGAAACAAGUUUCCAAGAAAGUACGAUAACUCUAAACAGAGUAUUUAAGAAGUGUUAUUCCAUUAUAAAAUGAAAUUAAUGCCAUUAUCAAAGGUCUUAGAGCUCCUACAGAAGAUGAAAUUAAAGAUGCAAAUACAUAUUAAAUAGAAAUCAAAGAUGUUUAAGCAUCACAACUCUAAAAUUAUUGGGGAUAAGUUUUAAUGAAUAAUAGUUUGACAGGAAAAUUAAUCUCAGAAGCAGAUAGAGAAAUAUUUAGACAUUUAUUAUCUUUAAAUGUUGAAUUAGGAGAAAAUGGCAAAGAUUUUACAUUAAAAUUUGAGUUUGAAGAUAAUGAUCAUUUUGAUGCAUGCAUUUUAACUAAAUCAUAUAUUUUUGAAGAUUCUGAAGAUGAAUUACCAUCUAAAUAAAAAGGAUCUCAAAUUAAAUGGAAAGAAGGUAAAAAUAUCACAAAGAAGAUUGUUAAGCGUAAAUAAAAAAAUAAGAAAACUGGAUAAACAAGAGAUAUUGAAAAAGAAGAAAAAGCUCCAACAUUUUUCCAUUUCUUUGAAGAAGUAGAUUAAAUUAACAAUGAAGAUGAAUAAAUUGAGAGAUAACAAUUUGACUAUGAAUUAGGAUCUUAAUUUGUAAAUUAAAUCAUUCCAAAAGCUUUAUUCACAUAUUUAGGAUUAAAGGUUGAUGAUGAGGAUGAUGAUUUUGAAGGAGAUGAAGAUGAAUCUGAAGGUGAAGAGGAAUCUUUAGAAGAUGAUUGA